CAGCAACGUAUUUGGUCGGAUUAUUCUCAACAGCCUUUUCCAAUGGAAAGCGUCAAGAGAGAACGCAAACUUUCUGACGAAAGCUCCUCAUCAAGAAAAUUGUCAGUCGCCGGCUCGGCAAGACGAUUUUCCGCGACAGCGUUCGUUUCUGGUUUUAAAAAAACAGACAACGUUGAUCGCUCUCAGGCUAAAAGGAAUCCACACGAGCGUUACGAAAACACUUACCGCUUAGAACCGAAGCAUCGUUUUCCCGAAGGAAAAGUUCAAGCAAUUAUUGAGGAGGCAUUAGAAACUUUAGCCACACAUAAAUACAGUGCAACUCACUCGCCCUUCAUGGCCAAGUUGCUGAGCUCCCGUGUGUUGGAAAGUGUGAAACAGUUAAAUAUUGAGCGGUACAAAGUAAUCUGCUUGACUACUAUUGGAUCCAAGGCGUCACAGGGAUUACGAAUCGCCAGCCGCUGCUUGUGGGAUGGCCAGUGUGAUACUUUUGUAAACGCUUGUUUCGAGAAUGAGCGAUUUUUCGCCGUUUGCACUGUCUAUGGAGUGUAUUACGAAUAA